UAGUCUAAGCCACGCUUAGGCUAACAUAUUGAUGGAUUUUAUCCAUAAACACCAAGUAGCUCUAACCAUUGUAAGAAGAAGCAACACCACUACCAGUUACUUAACGUGGUAAAACAUUAGUCUUAAGGUCACUUCCGAUCGAUAAUUGCAACCGCUCACGAAUGGGAUACGGAACAGAAGUUAAAAAACAGCAACAACACCCCUACCUUAUCCUCGAACCAGUUGUACCACGACGGCUUGCGGAUGGUUGUAGCUGCGGUUGGUUCAUUCCACUGAUAGGUUCCCAUCCGCUAGGCAGCAAAACUUGCGGUCACCGCAACAUACGACAACAACGACAAUUCCCACAAUGACGAGUCCCACAGUGUACAGGGUAAAGCAGAGCGAUAGUGCAGUUCCCGUAAGUCAUCUCGGUGGCAUCGUUCCGACUGGCAAUGAAAUACCACCAAGUGGCUUGGAAGACUCUACCACCUACGAUAGUGCCGAAUCAGAGUACUAUCUGGCACUGAGCAGCAAUGGGUUCGAUUGCUUCCGCAGCAUAGUGGAGAUAGCGCUCAGUGUGUCCUUUCUGGCCGCCAACAGCAACCUCUUGCGGCUGCUGGUAAGCUUCAAGGAGACGGAAACAUUUAUCGCCAGCGAGGCACUGGUGACGGUGUCCAUCGUUCUGCAGAUCCUGGUAGCCAUCUGUAUCAUCACAAUAACGCAGGUGAACGAUCCUAGCCGGUACGUGAAGAUGAAGGCAUGCGCAGUGACCGGAGCGAUUCUCAUCUCCCUGGUAAACUUGCUGAUCCCGUUCAUCAUCAAUGUGGAGCACUCUAGAAUCGAUUUUCGGGAAUUAUAUCGUACCUACGGGGAACAGGACAAUUAAAGAGAAUCUAGAAUGAUAGGUUUUAAAAACGAUGUCUCUCAAUAAAUUAAAGCUUUAUUGUGAUU